AUGUUGUCUGUCACGCUGCCUGACAGCAACGAGGAGAAGGCAACGAGGAGAAGGCAACGAGGAGAAGGCAACGAGGAGAAGGCAACGAGGAGAAGGCAACGAGGAGAAGGCAACGAGGAGAAGGCAACGAGGAGAAGGCAACGAGGAGAAGGCAACGAGGAGAAGGCAACGAGGAGAAGGCAACGAGGAGAAGGCAACGAGGAGAAGGCAACGAGGAGAAGGCAACGAGGAGAAGGCAACGAGGAGAAGGCAACGAGGAGAAGGCAACGAGGAGAAGGCAACGAGGAGAAGGCAACGAGGAGAAGGCAACGAGGAGAAGGCAACGAGGAGAAGGCAACGAGGAGAAGGCAACGAGGAGAAGGCAACGAGGAGAAGGCAACGAGGAGAAGGCAACGAGGAGAAGGCAACGAGGAGAAGGCAACGAGGAGAAGGCAACGAGGAGAAGGCAACGAGGAGAAGGCAACGAGGAGAAGGCAACGAGGAGAAGGCAACGAGGAGAAGGCAACGAGGAGAAGGCAACGAGGAGAAGGCAACGAGGAGAAGGCAACGAGGAGAAGGCAACGAGGAGAAGGCAACGAGGAGAAGGCAACGAGGAGAAGGCAACGAGGAGAAGGCAACGAGGAGAAGGCAACGAGGAGAAGGCAACGAGGAGAAGGCAACGAGGAGAAGGCAACGAGGAGAAGGCAACGAGGAGAAGGCAACGAGGAGAAGGCAACGAGGAGAAGGCAACGAGGAGAAGGCAACGAGGAGAAGGCAACGAGGAGAAGGCAACGAGGAGAAGGCAACGAGGAGAAGGCAACGAGGAGAAGGCAACGAGGAGAAGGCAACGAGGAGAAGGCAACGAGGAGAAGGCAACGAGGAGAAGGCAACGAGGAGAAGGCAACGAGGAGAAGGCAACGAGGAGAAGGCAACGAGGAGAAGGCAACGAGGAGAAGGCAACGAGGAGAAGGCAACGAGGAGAAGGCAACGAGGAGAAGGCAACGAGGAGAAGGCAACGAGGAGAAGGCAACGAGGAGAAGGCAACGAGGAGAAGGCAACGAGGAGAAGGCAACGAGGAGAAGGCAACGAGGAGAAGGCAACGAGGAGAAGGCAACGAGGAGAAGGCAACGAGGAGAAGGCAACGAGGAGAAGGCAACGAGGAGAAGGCAACGAGGAGAAGGCAACGAGGAGAAGGCAACGAGGAGAAGGCAACGAGGAGAAGGCAACGAGGAGAAGGCAACGAGGAGAAGGCAACGAGGAGAAGGCAACGAGGAGAAGGCAACGAGGAGAAGGCAACGAGGAGAAGGCAACGAGGAGAAGGCAACGAGGAGAAGUCAAGGAGAAGGGAGAGAGUAA